CUUGUGCUGGACGCGCGUGCAAAAGGAGGGCGGUGGAGCCCUGCCAUGCAGCUCCACAAGGACGCCACUGGGCAUGGCCCGCUGGCCUCAGUGACUAUUAUCCUCCCAGUGCACAAUGCUGAACUGUGGCUGGAUGAGUGCUUGGCAUCUGUGUUACAGCAAGACUUUGAAGGCACCAUGGAGCUCUCUGUUUUUAAUGAUGCCAGCAAGGACAAUUCUAGGACCAUCAUUGAGAAAUGGAAGGUGAAACUGGAAGAUUCUGGCAUCUCUGUAGUUGUUGGAGGCCAUGACUCUCCUUCUCCCAGAGGAGUUGGAUAUUCUAAAAACCAAGCAAUCGCACAGAGCACUGGGUCUUACCUUUGCUUUUUGGAUUCAGACGAUGUCAUGAUGCCCCAGAGAGUGAGGCUGCAGUAUGAAGCCGCCGUGCAGCACCCAACAAGUAUCAUAGGAUGCCAAGUGAGGAGAGACCCCCCAGACUCUACAGAGCGAUACACACGUUGGAUCAACCAGUUGACAUCGGAUCAGCUGUUGACACAGGUGUUCACCUCCCACGGCCCCACAGUGAUCAUGCCCACGUGGUUCUGCUCUCGGGCCUGGUUUUCCCAUGUGGGCCUGUUUGAUGAAGGAGGACAGGGGGUACCAGAGGACUUGCUGUUCUUCUAUGAGCACCUUAGGAAAGGGGGUGGCGUCUUCCGUGUGGACCACGACCUGCUGCUCUACCGCUAUCACCCGUAUGCAGCCACACACUCGGUCCUUGAGGUGACCAUCUGGACCCACCGUGUCCACUUCCUAGAGGAACAAGUCCUGCCCCGUUGGAAGUGCUUCACCAUUUGGAAUGCGGGCAAGCAGGGGCGUAGGUUAUACCGCAGCCUGACAGCAGCCAGCCGGUGCAAGGUGGUGGCCUUCUGUGAUGUUGAUGAGAACAAGAUCAGAAAGGGCUUUUACUGCCAUGAGGAGUCUCAGGAGAGACCCAAGCCGAAGGUCCCCAUCCUGCAUUUCCAAGCUGCCCGGUCCCCCUUUGUCAUCUGUGUGAAGCUGGACCUCACAGGGGGUGCGUUUGAAGACAACCUGAAGUCACUGAACUUGCAGGAAGGCCGGGACUUCGUUCACUUCAGCUGAGUUUGCCGCCAGGUGUCUGCACGGCACCCACUGCAGACUCUCUCUGCUGCUGCUGUGAUACCUUUCCUCGGCAGCUCCUGGCGGGUCAGCAGGAUCACCUGGUGUCUGGGUUUCCUACACACCACCCUCACUCAGAUCACAGGACUAAGACCCCUUUUCUACCUCACUUGUCCAUUCGAAGAAAUUUUACCUGUAUAUUAAACCCCAUAUUUAGCUACCAUGCAUGUCUCCCUUGUUUGGUAUCCUAACGGAAACUGCCUGCAUGAGGUCAUUUUCUGCUGCUUAAAGUUCACCCACAGAAAUCACUGCUUUCAGCUGGGGAUCCUGGAGACUGACUGCACUGAAUUACUACAGCCUGCUUUCUUGAAUGGUAGUUACACUGUGGUAGUUUGAAUGUAUUUGGCCCCCAUAG